AUGUUGGGACUCAGCAAGUUGGUGUUUCUGGUUCUGUGCGUCACCCAGUUCAUUGUGGGAAUGCUGGGGAAUGGUUUCAUUGGGUGGGUCAAUGGCAGCAGCUGGUUCAAGAGCAAGCGAAUCUCCUUGUCUGACUUUAUCAUCAGUAGCCUGGCUCUCUCCAGGAUUGCUCUGCUGUGGAUUCUCUUGGUUGAUUGUUUAAUGAUGGUGUUCUUUUUCCAACUCCAUGAGGAAGGGGUAACAAUGCAAAUCAUUGACGUUUUCUGGACAUUUACAAACCAUCUGAGCAUGUGGCUUACCACCUGUCUUGGUGUCAUGUACUGCCUGAAAAUUGCCAAUUUCUCCCACCCCACAUUCCUUUGGCUCAAGUGGAGAGUUUCCAGGGUGGUCAUUUGGAUGCUGCUGGCCGGUCUGCUCUUCUCCUGUGCCAAUGCCUUGUCUCUGAUUCAUGAAUUUCAGCUCUAUUCUGUUAUCCGUGGAAUCGAUAGCACAGGGAAUGUGACUGAACACUUUAGGAAGAAAAAAAAUGAAUACGAAGUGAUCCAUGUUCUUGGGACUCUGUGGAACCUCCCUCUCCUGGUCCUGUCUCUGGCCUCCUAUCUUCUGCUCAUCCUCUCCCUGGGGAGGCACACGCAGCAGAUGCAGCAAAACGGCCCCAGCUCCAGCGACUCGAGCACCGAGGCCCACAAGAGGGCCAUCAGAGUCAUCUUGUCCUUCCUCUUUCUCUUCCUCUUUUACUUUCUUGCCUAUUUAAUUACAUCAUCCAGUUAUUUCAUACCAGGAACCAAGAUGACUAAGAUGUAUGGAGAGCUCGUUACAAUGUGGUAUCCUGCUGGCCACUCCUUUGUUCUCAUCCUGGGGAACAACAAGCUGAAGCAGACGUUUGUAGAGAUGCUCUGGUGUGAUUCUGCCCAUCGGAAGCCUGGAUCCAAAGGACCUUUUUCCCCAUAG